AUGCCUAAGUCUCUCAGAACAUCUGUUUUCAAAGACCCUGAGCUGUCAAAGUAUUUCAGUCAUGAUGAUCCAACGACUGUAUUUACCGACUUUCGGCAAAUUGGUUGUGGGAGCUUCGGGGCUGUCUAUUAUGCCCGAAAUCGUACAACGGGUGAAGUCGUUGCCAUCAAAGAACUAAAGGUUGAUACUAAGCGUAAAAAGUCAGAGGAAGAGUGGAACGAUAUUGUCAGGGAAAUAAAGUUUCUCUCACACCUUUCCCAUAAGAACUGUGUCCUACCCAAAGGGUGCUACAUGAAGGAGCAAACUCCAUGGUUAGUCAUGGAGUAUUGUAUUGGUUCUGUUGCGGACGUUCUAGAGGUGCACAAAAAGCCACUUCGGGAAGAUGAAAUUGCCUGUAUUGUUCAGGAAGUAUUAACUGGUCUUGAUUAUCUUCACUCCGAAAAAAGGAUUCAUCGAGAUAUUAAGGCAGCCAACAUCCUGCUUACUGAUUCCGGUGGGGUUAAAAUUGGUGACUUCGGGUCAGCCAGCUUCAUAAGCCCAGCCAACAGCUUUGUAGGAACACCAUUCUGGAUUGCCCCAGAGGUCAUUUUGGCAAUGGAACAAGGCAUAUACGACGUAAGAGUAGAUGUCUGGUCUCUUGGAAUUACAUGCAUUGAAAUGGCGGAGUUGGAACCCCCUUACUUCAGUGCUACUAAUCCAAUGGCUGCGCUCUAUCAAAUUGCUUCAAAUGAUGCCCCGAGACUAGUCGGAGGUAACUGGUCAGAUGAGUUUCGAGAUUUCGUGCGGUUCGUUCUUCAGAAAGAUAUGAGUGAAAGACCUUUUUGUUCCCAAGCUAUGGCACAUCCCUUUUUGGCUAGUGUGUUUCGUUUCUCACACAUUCUCCCUGAGUUAAUUCAGCGCACCAAGGCUGCAGUAGCUGCCCAAGAAAAUCAAAUCAGUCAGAAGUGGAAAAAGAUUCUUUAUGAAAGUGAUUUAAAUCAUUCUUCAUCUUCAGUCGUAGUCAACAGCAGUGAGGAAAGCCCAACUUCUAGACAACCUUGCACAACUGGAUUUGUGUACGAAGAUUCCAAUACUGAACUAGAGGUGGCCGCACGAAAUUCAUACGGAUCGCGUCUUGCUUCUGGGCUACUAAGACAAUCUUAUGAAGGAUCAAACAUAGGUGAGCCAGAACGCAGCUUACAACGGCAUGAUUUAAGAAAGGGAACUCACCAUACACAAAGACGUGAUUCUAACAGAUGUAUUGAUGAGGAUGUCAGCCAUGAUAGUAGUUCUAUAAAUGAUGAUGUUGAAUAUCUUGUGGGUGAUAGUUGUUCCAAUAGCUCCGGUCAAAGGCAUGUGUACAUACCUCCCAAGCAUUCUGUAUCUGGAAUUUCAAAUGAUAACUCACCGUCUCGCACAUUUGAUCCGGACAGUGGACAUGGUGGUUCAUUCGAUUUUAACGGCACACAACCAUCACCAUUGUCUAAUAGACCCACUUCACACAGACUAAGUACAGGAGAUUCCAAUGUAAUGCAGCAUCCUCAAACUUCUCGUCCAGUUCAAAUAAAUAGUCAUUUGUACGCUAAUAUGGAAUCGAAUAAUGACAAUCAUGUGUAUCACUCUAUCGUGGUGGACGCCAACAGUGACUUGGGACAUCGUGGCUCUGUCCCUGAAACUAGAGGUUCCUCCAUUACCCCAACAAAGACACAUAUCAUUAAAGCAGGAAGUGAAAGCUUUAAUCGAUUUUCAAUUAACUCUCGUAAUGAUUCAGGUAUAGCUGGCGAAACAUCACGUUUAGCUGCUGUUGGUAUAAGCUCCUCACAAGACACUUCAUCUUCUGUCGGUCAUUUUGCAACACUUAAAACAACCCAGAUGAUGAGAGGUCAGUCUUUAGAACCAGAUGCUUCUAAUUCAGCUGCUGCUGUUGCCCUUGGUUUCACUCAGCAGGGUUAUGGUAGAGGAAUGGCCAACUGUCGUGAUCAAAUGAAUGAACUUAAACGACUUCGAAACCAACAUAAUAAACACUUGAAACAAGUUGAAGAUAAAAAUAAGGCUGAAGAAGAAUCGUUAAAAUCACGACUAAAUCGAGACUAUGAAGCGACGAAGUUAACAAUGCGAAAAGAAUUCAUGCGGUUGGAAGAAAUUCAUGCUGCUGAGAUUGAAAAAGAACGGAAACGGGCGAUGUCUGUUGAAUCAAAAUUGGCACGUCAACUUGAAACUGAAACAAAAAGUGAAUUGAAAUCUGCUAAAAAGUCUGUCCUUGGUUCUAUUAGUUCACAUGAUUCAGAUUCCAGCGGACAUUCCAAUCCUUUAGAAGCUAUUCGAAGACGACGUCAAGAUGUGUCAGCACUGGAAACUCGUAAAACAAAGCGUCUUCUUCUAACUCAGUUACAGGAUAUUGAGAUGGAGCAGUUACGCCAGUAUAUACGUUUACAGCAGAAAGCAGCUGAAGAGAUUACUUCACUCCUACUCAGGCAGCAUACUGAACUUGAAAAUUUGGAGAUCAACCAGUUAAAAAGGAUUCAGGACCUACGAAUACAAAAAAGACACUGUGAAGAGACAAAAAAUCUACCGAAGUAUCUGAAGCAAAAGGAAUUGCAAAUUCGUAAACAAUUUCGUGAUGCGGCUAGAAUUCAGAAAAAACAAUUCAAACUUUUACGUGAAGAACGCUUAAAAGCUGCACGUCGAUCUUCAGAGUUAGGAACUUCCGAAUCCUGUGUUUCCUCUGGAUUCACUUCAUCAAAUGUUAGUAAUCGUCCAGAUUCAGUUGAUAUACAAGGUCAGUUAGUUAUGCAUCUACAAGAUGAACGCCAGAUUUUAGAAAAUCUUAAAUUAGAAGAAAAGCGUAAACAAGCCGAUUUAGAAGCACAGUAUAAUAAAAGCAUCAGUGAACUACAUGAACGUCAAAACGGUAAAGUUGAAUCUUCACAUGCUCGUGAAAAUAAAGAAUUCAAGGAAAAUCGUUUAGAAGGAGUCAAAAUUCUAUCCACUUUUCAGGAAAAACAACGACGUGAUAUGCUUAAACAACAUCAACGACAAAGAGAGGACUUAGAAAGUAGAAUCCGUGCGCGAAAAGAGUCCCUCGAGGCUGCAAUGAAAAAGAAUGCCGAGUCAACCAAAGAAGAGUCUCGUAAAAAGACGAGACGGCUGAUGGAACGCCAUGCUGAUGCUUUGCGUGCCUUCGACAUCGAAACCGCUAAUCUUGGUAUCGACAAUGCUGCUGUUGUUAUCAUGAUCCUUAACAUCUUGUGUACAUUCACUUACAAUGAAGCUUGUUCAAUCGUUCAAAAUUAUGAAGCUGCCAUAUCCGUAAAUGCAUUUGACAGUUUCAUCAUUACGCCGUUCAUCUCAGGCCUAAUAAUAAUAUCCCGCAAAUCAGUUCACUCUGUGUAUUUUUUAUAUACAUACAUACAUAUAGGUGUAUAAAACGCAAGUACAAUUGAUUGAAAGAGAACAAUGUUGAAUACAUCCAUCUGUUGUAUAUGUUAUAUUAUUAACAAUCGUUAACCAACUACUCUAAUUCUAUACAAAACAAUCACAAUGCGUCUUUCCAAUUGUCACAGUUCACUUUUUCAGUCUCUUCAUACAUAUGAUGCGUAUGAAGUGUACAGCUCAGAUGUAACUGAGAAAUUAUUGCCCGACGAUAACAACAAAAACCACAACAAAACUAACAGUUUACAAAAACAUGCGAAAAGUUAUCUUUCUUAACUUUGGUUUUUAGUUUUGUACUAUGCUAUAAAUAGAC